UUGAACUGAAACAAAAUCUCGUUGCAAACGAGACUAAAGCUCUUCCCAACAUGGCGACAGAAACAAGCACGCCUGUGCGAAACAGUGACACAAAAGGCUCUCUUGGGAUACCCCAGGCUGAGUUUGUGGAGGAUGUUGACAAUUUCAUGAAAAGAGAUGGAAAUGAUUCAGCGGAGACAGUAUUAAAGAGAUUAGACGAGUCACACAGCAAGUACAAAUUCAUGGAAUACAACCUCAACACCAAAAAGGCCAGGUUAAAGGCACAGGUUCCUGAUAUUAAAACCUCUCUAGAUAUAGUGAAACAUUUACAGUCUAGGAAGGACUCUUCAGAUCCCAUGGAAACGAGGUUUUUAUUGUCAGACCAAGUUUAUGCAAAAGCAAGAAUUCCACCAACAGACAGGGUUAAUUUAUGGCUAGGAGCUAAUAUUAUGUUAGAAUACAGCAUAGAGGAUGCUGAGGUAUUGCUUGAGAAGAACUUAGAGGCAGCCAAUAAAAGUUUGUCACAAGCAGAAGAUGAUCUGAGUUUUAUUCGUGAUCAGACAACAACAUUAGAAGUCAACAUGGCUCGGGUAUAUAACUGGGAUGUGAAGAGGAGACAAGCCACUCAGACGGCUGUGAAAUCCUAGUAUCUAUGGAAACCUGAACAACUCAUGACAACAACCUUCUGCUUCUGUUUCCUAGACAACACACUAAGUGCUAAGUCCAAGUUGUAACGAUUGAUGAACAACAUUGCUAUUCAUGUCUAUACAUGUAGUGCAAAAUUUCAGACUUCAACCUUUGUCACAAAGGAUGUGAUGUAUUAAAAAGAUUUUCUUUUUUGCAGACAAUAUUUUUCAUUGAGAAUUGCAUAAUGAAAGCUAAGAUACUGUAUAAUAGUUUGAACCUUUCAUCUAGUAUUAAAUAAAUCCAAUAAUUUACAAUAUG